CCUCCAAGAUGGCCGACGGGGAUUCCCCCGAGGACAUAAGAUCAUCAAUAGGCUUAAUCAGCCACAUCUUUAUAUCCACACCACAACCCGGACCUGUAAUGCCUGAUGGAAACCAUAUUCAACCACCAGGGAUCCCAGAGGUGUGUGUGGAGGAAGUCAAACAGGACAGUCAGGCCAGGGGUUGUGGUGUGAGAGGCUGGGACUGGGCCUGGAGCAUGGGGCUGUGCUAAGGAAGGUUCUAGAUCCAAGGCAAGGGGCUGUGAUUAAGACCUGGUGUUGGAUUGAGGCUGUAAUGAUGCAGCCACAGAGGCCUUGUCUGUCCAGGUGGAGGGUCCUGCUCUGGUCCACACUACUCCUCCUCAGUCCCCUCAGAGUCACAGGGCAUCCCUAUACAAUUGUAGAAGAUGGCUUGCCUUGGGAGGCCGGGAGUGGUGACCAAACUGUGAGACGAGAAAAUUGGAACCCAUGUCUGGAGGGCCAGGAUGUGUUUUCCACGGUUCGAGAGAACAGCAUGAUGGGAGAACUUAUCAUUGAGCUUAACACAGAGCUGACAGCCAAUGAUGUUGUCUGGAGCCUAACUGGGGAGGAUGCUCAUUGGUUCUUCCUCGAAGGGCGGAGCAUCAGACUCAAGGCCCCAUUGGACAGAGUUCUGGACCGGGAGGUUCAGGGCCCAGUCCUGAUGGCAGCGUUGACCUGCUUUGAGGAGGACAUUGUGCAGAGUGAGUACAGGAUCAUGGUAGAGAUUCUGAAUGAGAAUGAUAACACUCCUGAGUUUGUGGAGAGCACCAUUCAGCCUCGCAGCAUCAGUGAGCUGGCUGAGGUGAAUACAGUGGUGUUUACAGUCCAGGCCACAGAUGCAGAUGAUGACACCAUCAUGUACUCCAUCGACCAGACCUCGCCUGAUGCUGCAUACUUCAGAGUGGAUCUCCCUAACAGUGGAGAGGUGAUACUGGCCAAGCCUCUGGACUACGAGACCAAAACACAACUAGAGAUUACCAUAUCCGCUUUGGAGAUUAACACUGCAGAGAAGUUCAACACCAGUGCCAUCCUGAUCGUGAAUAUCUUGGACAGAGACGACCAGUACCCACAUUUCCUGCCAUGCACGCCCAUCUCCAAUGACCAAUCAAAUCGUGUCUGCACCAAUCCCAUCUACAUGGUUAACAUCACAGAAGGCGAACAGGACAUUAUUCUGGACUUCUCUCCCGGGCCAAUCAAUGCUGUGGAUGGAGACAGAGGCCUCAGCACACCUCUCAGCUACAGCAUCCUGUCAGGGGCUGAUAGCGGGCAUUUCGUGAUGGAUGAGCUGACAGGGGAGAUGCGUCUGACAAGAGGAGUAGAGAACAGACUACAGACACCCACACUACACCUCCAAGUCAUGGCAUACCAGAGGAAUGAUCCUAGGAAGUACUCAGUUGCCACAGUGGUGGUCCGUGUUGUUGCUGUCAACCACUUUCCUCCUCAGUUCAGCUGGCCUGAAUACCGUGGCUUUGUCAUCGAAGGCGACAGCCCUGCCUCACUGGUCAACACUUACGGCAACACUGUGCUGCUGAUACAGACACAGGACAGGGACUUCUCUGAUGGCAUCAAUCCCAAUAUGCACUACUCCUUGAGGUCCUCGUCCAAUCACACACAGUUCUACCACAUCACACAGGAGGGGCUUCUGAUUGCUAGAACCAAUCAGCUAUGGCCAUCACAGACACACACUCUGAAGGUAGUGGCUGUGGAUUUGGAGUCAGGUGAAAUGGACACGGCUCUCAUAAAGGUGGAGGUGCUGUUUGAAGGACAAACAGUCCCUCAGGGCCAAUUGGGGGAUGGGCUUCUUCCUGGUAGCUGUGCAGUGGGCAAGGCUAUGGGUAUGGUCAUCCUGGGGCUAACUCUGUUAGGCUGCACUCUGUAUGCACUGCAGCAUGUACUCCAGACAUACAGAGGACUGAAGGACCCAGAGGACAGGGGCUGUAUAGCCCAGGGGAAGCACCCCAACGUGAGAUUACAAUGCUUCCAGCUGGUGAGUCACAGUAGUCCAAUGCCAGUACUGGAUGAGGUGAAAUUUAAAAAAGAGGGUCUGAGCAGGUCCACCUCCAAGCUACUGGGCAGUCAGAGCAUCUACAGUCCUGCAGACUUCAACACUUCUCCACUCAAUGCUUUACCUAUAGCUAUACCCUCAAUGACCUACAUCCAGCCUAUACUACCCAGCACCACUCCUGCAGACCCCAGUCAUUGCCCUGCUUCACCCAACUCCUCCCAUACACCUGCUACAACCACCACACCUGAACUACUCACAACAUCCACUCAACCCUUGGACAACUCUAGCUUUAACACACCCACACUCCCCACACCUACCCCAAAUCUGAUGGAUGAACCUUUAUCUACAGACAGAUUUUCACAUACACACCCCUUCCCUAUUGCAGAAGAGGUAGGUACACCCACUCAGGUAGAAGAGACUCCUAAAGACACCUACCCACCUACCUCACUUACCCAACAGCAGGUACACACACCUUUACCUCCUCCCAUUCCUAUCAACUCACCCCCCCAUGCCACCCCACCUCCUACCUCAAUUACCACACCUCUCCCUCUUUCACCUGCUGCAGACCCAAUACACACUCCAGAGUGUACAGGAGAUACUCACACACCUUUACUUACUCCACCCUGUCCAGAGCAGGACAGCGUUGGGACACCCCCACCUAAACCCACUACAGGGCAGGCACACAUACCUGUACUGACUACGCCCACCCCAGAGCAGGUAGGACCACCAGGGUACCCUGAGAAGUGCAAACUCUCCACACACAGCCCUGAGAUAGCCUCCAUUGGGGAUGAUGACUGCUUCCUGGGGGAUGAGGAGGCCAUCAGGACCAGUGAUGAUGAUGAGGAUGAAGAGCUGGUGAGACUCUGUUUUCGCGUACAGCCCACAUUCCUGAUAACAGACUAUGACAAUGACAUCACUACUGAGAUCCCACCCAGCAGUGGAGAGGACGAGGGGACUGAGAAUGGCGAAGGAGUGGAGAGCGAGGAAUUAAAGGAGGGAGACGAGGGAGGGGUCGAGAGAGGCAGUGAUUAUAUGGAAGGAAAGGGGGGUCAUUUGGAGAGCGAAGCAGAGAGCUUGAAACAGGGGACUCAAUCAUUUCAACCCUGUAAUACAGAGCAGGAAGUAUCAGUGGGCCAAUCAAAGGAGAGAUAGACAGUAACCCAGCAACACUCUCGAACUAAAAGUAUCUUUGGUGAGUUGCUGAGGCCAAAGAUGUCGGAAAACUCUGAAGCACGCCCACAUAAACACACACAGAAACACACACACAUACAGUACACUGAUGACAUCGGAACAUCCUAGACUUGCCUCAACCAAGUGUAAAUGAAACACAACACAACAGGCCAUGUGUCUGAGAUAUAGGCUACACUUCACUUGUAACAUAGGCCUAGGACUUGAGUCUGUUGUGUUGCUGUGUUGUUGUUCUUAUUGUGUUGAAUGGACUCCUGCACACGGUGUGUAGGCCUACUUACAAAUAAAUAUGUAUUGUGCAUCUGUUUAUUGUCAACCCCUAUAACCAUUUUUAUUUAGUUAGAACUAAAACACCCCUGUGAUCCUUAAUGAAAAAAAACAGCACAGACCAGCAUACAUUUCAAGCUGUUCCAUGCUAGACUAUGCUGGUCUAUGCUGGUCAGUGCUUGUUGGAUCAUGGUCAAGCUGGUAUGACCAGCAUGAUCCAGCUGGUCAAGCUGGUCUGACCUGGUUGGUCUGGUCUAGUUGGUUCUGCUGGGCAACCAGCCUUCGUUGUGUUUUCGCUGGUGACGAGCCUUUGUUGUGUUUUCCCUGGUGACCAGCCCUUGUUGUGUAUUCGAUGGCAGCCCAGCUAUCGUUGUGUUUUCGCUGGUGACCACUUUAUUGUAUUUUCGCUGGUGACCAGAUUUUGUUGUGUUUUAUUUGCUGGUGACCAGGCAUCACUGUGUAUUGGACACUGGUGACAAGCAUAAACUAAAGCAUAACCAGUAUCAAGUCACAUUAUGAUGGUUUACAAAGUGAUGUUUAAUUCAAAUUGGAAUCCAUCCAGAGUGGAUUCCCACAAUCCCACAAUGAGAAUGAAUACAAGGGUUAGAAAGCUGAACAAAUCAGACCACACUCUUAGAAAAAAAGGCUGCUAUCUAGAAGCUUAAUUAAAGGGUUCGUUGGCUAUCCCUAUAGGAGAACCCUUUGAAGAACCCUUUUGCGUUGCAUGUAGAACCCUUUCUACAGAGGGCUCUACAUGGAACCCAAAAGGGUUCUACCUGGAACCCAAAAUGGUUAUCCUAUGAGGACAGCCAAAGAACCCUUUUGGAACCCUUUUUUCUAAAAGAGUACCUAAACCAGGGGUUCUCAAACUUGAGAAAAAGUGCAUAGGUACGUGUUGCCCAGCAACAGCCCCAAAACAUCACCGCUCUAGAGGAGAUCUGCAUGGAGAAAUGGGCCAAAAUACCAGCAACAGUGUGUGAAAACCUUGUGAAGAAUUACAGAAAACGUUUGACCUCUGUCAUUGCCAACAAAGAGUACAUAACAAAGUAUUGAGAUAAACUUUUGUUAUUGACCAAAUACUUAUUUUCCACCAUAAUUUGCAAAUAAAUUCAUUAAA